UCCCUCUGGUUCCCUCUCUCUCUCUCUCUCCCUCUCCCCCCUCUUUGGAUUUAUCUAUUCUCUGGCUCUCCCAUAACAAUGGCGACGAAGCUGAUAAAGAAGACGACGACGCCGAUCAAACGCCACCACCGGCAUAACUUGCGGCGCCACAACCGGAGAGGCUACAGCCAAAACCAGCCGAGAUGCACUCCGGAGGCGGCAACCACCGUGGUCGCCUCCGUGAACAAGUCCUUCUACAAAUGUCACCGCGUUCUCCUCCGCCUCUUCUCCCGCCUCCCCGAGCUCGAUUCCAUCCGCUGUCGCAGCAUUUGCAGCACAAAUGGUUUUCAAAUCCUCGAAAACCACAUCGACCCUGUUCCCAAAUCCCCACAUUUCAAUCCUCUCCUUUCGCUAAUUGACGAUGAAGACGAAAAGUUCGAAGAUUCCGCGGAAAAUAGGAAGAAGAAGGAGAAGACGAUUGUUUUGGAUCUGGACGAGACUCUGAUCCACUCGUCGACGGAGAGACCAGAGGGUCCGUACGAUUUCGUGGUGAGGCCGAGAAUCGACGGCCAGAUGUUGACGUUCUUCGUUAUCAAACGGCCAGGAGUGGACGAGUUCUUGAGGAAGAUCGGGGAGAAAUACACGGUGGUGGUGUUCACGGCGGGACUGCCGGAGUACGCGUCGAUGGUGCUGGACCAUCUGGACCCACGGAGGCGCGUGAUCUCUCACCGCCUAUUCAGAAAUUCUUGCACCAUAAUGGACGGGAGGCUAGUGAAGGACCUUGGGCGCGUGGUCGGGGACAUGAGGCGCGUGGUUAUCGUGGACGACAACCCCAACUCGUACGCGCUUCAGCCGGAGAAUGCCUUCCCCAUAAAGCCCUUCACAGAUGAUCUCAUGGACGAGGAGCUGAGGAAGCUCGGUGCGUUUUUUGACGACUGUGAUGGUUUCGAUGACAUGAGAGUUGCUCUGAAACAGCUUGUUGGAAGAGAUGAAUGAUCACUGAUUUGGUUAAUUUUUCUGUGCUAUGUAUAUGGGCCGUACUGGGCCCGAUUAUAUGGGCCUUACAGAGCAUAAUUGGGCCUUGUAGGGCUGAACCUUGUAUCUGUACUAGCCCAUUACGGCUCGUUCCUUUGUGUUUCAGAAUGACCAAACAAAAUAACUAAGGUUUGAAUGGAAGAGGUUUUUUGAGUU